CCAAUAUUAUGUCUUCUUUAAAGGACAAAGUGAUUGUUGUGUCUGGUGGGGCAUCUGGAAUUGGCCUCGUUACCGCGAAACUACUAGCUUCGAGAGGCGCUAGGGUGUCCAUUGGGGAUGUACAGGAAGGGCCAUUAGACGAAGCGGCGAAGGAGAUACGGUCUGCCGGCGGAGAGGUCAUGACGUUCAAGAUGGACGUCAGGGACCGGAAGCAGGUAGAUGCGUGGAUCGAUGCCACCGUCUCGAAAUUUGGGAAAUUAAACGGUGCUGCCAAUUUGGCUGGAGUGACUGGGAACGCUAUUGGAAUCAAGACCGCUGCGGAUAUUGAAGAUUCUGAUUGGGAUUUUGUAAUAGGUGUUAACCUUACUGGUUUAAUGUACUGCCAAAGAGCUCAGCUUCAGAACAUGGAGAAUGGUGGCUCCAUUGUCAAUGCUGCUUCGGUUGCGGGCAUAUCAGGCCGAGCAAAGAAUGCCUCGUAUUCAGCCAGUAAGCAUGGCGUGGUCGGUCUUACACGAAGUGCCGCAAAAGAUAUGGGAUCUAGAGGCAUCAGGGUGAAUGCCAUUGCUCCCGGCACGAUAGAGACCCCAAUGGUCGCUAAGGCACGAGAAAUCGCGGGCGCUGGCAAUCCAAACGUCACUUUUAACAAUUAUGCCCAUACGGCGCUAAACAGGCCAGGGAAGCCAUCGGAGGUAGCAACUUUGGUAGCCUUCCUUCUGGGGGAUGAGUCCACUUUCAUAACGGGAGCGAUUCAUUCGGUUGACGGGGGAUGGAUAUGCUGA